AUGCUAAAGUCGAAGUCGCAUUUCCUCCACGGUGAUGGCGAUAUGCCCUUGUCCGUCGCGGCGGGCUGGAUCGGCCUGAUCUGGUACACCACUGUGAUGCUCGUGUGUGCCUUGGGAUAUUUUCAGAUUUGGAGAUAUUUUUUGCGACGACCCCGCCGGUCUCCUCUCGCGACUUCCUCAGACGCUCCUCAUGUUACUGCGAUCCGACCGGUUAAGGGCAUCGAGCCCAAUCUUUACGACUGCCUUGCUGCCACCUUUCGCCAGGAUUAUCCCCGUGACAAGCUGACGAUCUCCUUAUGUGUCUCAUCGCGCGAUGACCCUGCCUUUCCCAUUCUCUGCAAAGUCGUUGAUGACUUCCCGGAUGCCGAUGCCCAUGUAUACAUCGAAGAAGAAGACCCGUUACUUCAGGGCAGCAGUCCGAAUAGCUACACGCUCGGACCGAACCCGAAAAUCCGCAACAUGAGCCAGGCAUAUCGAGAGGCGAAGGGUGAUAUCAUCUGGAUCGUUGACUGCAAUGUCUGGGUUGGCAAAGGUGUUUGUGGUCGCAUGGUCGAUAGGCUUUGCGGGACAGGAGCAACACCUGGCAAAAAGUACAAGUUUGUACACCAUCUUCCUUUAGUCGUGGAUGUCACUGGGGAGAACACCAUCAACGAAGAGCGACAAGCCUUUUUGGAUGCUUCUCGUGACGCGACAAUCAUGAACGAUGCGGUUUCAUCGAGUCAUCCAGAAGACAGCUUCAAAAGCAUGAUUGAGACUGGAGGUGGUCGUUUGGAGGAGCUGUUCCUUUCCUCUGCACAUGCGAAGAUGUACACCGCAAUCAAUACCGUGCUUAUUGCGCCAUGCAUUGUGGGAAAGUCUAACAUGUUCCGUCGCUCGCACUUGGACUAUCUCACUGCUCCUUCGCCAAAGAACCCCACUCCCCGUCAUCCCGGUAUUGACUUUUUUUCGGACAACAUAUGUGAGGAUCACUUGAUUGGCGACCUUCUAUGGCGAAAGAAGGUGCGGGAAGAAAAGGAAUACGGGGAAAACUGGGGUAAACAUGCAAUGGUUUUUGGAGACCUAGCUAUCCAGCCAGUAGGGAACAUGUCUGUGCAAGCAUACAUCGCCCGCCGAGUUCGAUGGUUGCGCGUCCGGAAGUUUACGGUCCUCCUCGCGACCCUCGUCGAGCCCGGCACCGAGUCAUUCUUAUGUUCUAUAUACGGGGCAUGGGGCAUAACAACAGCACUAGCGCCAUACCUUGAACAGGAAGGCUUCCAAUUCGCGUCUACUCUGGGUACAUGGAUGUCAUUCUUUGCCAUAUUUGCGCUCAGUAUGGCAUUCUGGAUCUUCAUCGAUUGGACUCUCUACAUCAAGCUUCAUUCCGCUAAGUCAAUCGAAGUGGACGAAAAUACACCACCAUUUGCGCGUCCUGUCCGCCGGAGCUCCCUCCAGGUUACUCGCCGUCCGUUUCUACAGUGGCUCGCUGCAUGGCUCGGUCGUGAGCUUCUCGCACUACCUAUUUGGAUUUCUGCUGUAUAUGGCGGUGUGACUGUUGUAUGGCGGGAUCGACGCUUCAAAGUUGGGUUUGAUGCCAAAGUCCGAGAAGUAGACCAUGAUGUGAACGGCAAAUUCCGUCGAGAUUGA